CGAGUCUGCGCCCCACGUCAGAUCAGGCCCUCCGGAGCAAAAGAGACCCCUCCUCUACCUGGCAGCCCCUGAGAGACUCAGAGAAGCCACCAUGGCAGGAUUCCUUCUUCCAGCCCUGCUGACCCUACUGCUGUCCUUAGCCCUUGGAUCUGCUGCACAGGAAGCCCAGGAUAAGAACGGCGAGAAGAUUAUUGAUGGGAUUCCGUGUCUAACAGGCGCCCAGCCCUGGCAGGUGGCCCUGCUCAGAGGCAAUCAGCUCUACUGUGGAGGCGUGCUGGUCAACGAGCACUGGGUGCUCACUGCUGCCCACUGCCUGAUGAAUUCGUACAACGUGCAUAUGGGCAGUGAAGACCUGAGCAGAGGCCAGAAGAUCAGGGCCACAAUGUCAUUCCGCCACCCUGACUACUCCACGCAGAGCCAGGCUAAUGACCUCAUGCUGGUGAAGCUAAGGACGCCGGCCAAGCUGUCAUCCACCGUGAAGAAGGUCAACCUGCCUUCCCGCUGUGAACCCCCUGGGACCACGUGUACCGUUUCUGGCUGGGGCACCACCACCAGCCCUAUUGCGACCUUUCCAGAGAAACUCAUGUGCACAGACGUCGACAUCAUCUCCUCUGAAGACUGCAGGAAGGUUUACAGGAACUUGCUGGGAGAUUCCAUGCUGUGUGCUGGCAUCCCCAACUCCAGCACCAAUGCCUGCAACGGUGACUCAGGGGGACCACUGAUGUGCAAAGGUACUUUGCAAGGCCUGGUGUCCUGGGGAGCUUUCCCUUGCGGCCAACCCAACAACCCAGCUGUCUAUACCCAAGUCUGCAAGUACAUCGAUUGGAUAAACACCACCAUCAGCACGUACUGCUAAUCUCUCCGUACUCCCAUCUCUCCAUCCCUACACCCCGAACAGGAAAUUCACAGAAAUAAGGACGUCGAUGAUCUACAGUCAUACUUGACUUUACUUUUCCUCAAAGACAUAUCAAAACCUCCACAAUAUGCCAUGUGUGUAAGUCAAUCAAAUCAGCAAGGACUUAAAACCAAAACACGAGACGCAAAAACCUCAGAGCUGGUAAAGAAGUAGUGAGACCAGCACCUUCGGCCACUGAAACUGUAAAUUCAUACGAUUUUUAUGGAAGUUGAU